GCCAGAAGCGAACUCCUAGAAGAGGGGAGCAGCCAGGAUGGAAUGACAGCCGGGGGACAGAGGGGACGCUUGACAGAGAGGAGCGGAGAUUCUACAGGGAAUAUCGACCCUAUGAGACCGAGAGGCAGGUGGACUUUACAGCUGAGAAGUUUACAGAUGAAAAACCAGUUGACAGGUUUGAUCGAGACAGACCGCUGAGAGGACGCGGAGGCGCAAGAGGGGGGAUGCGAAGCAGAGGCAGAGGUGGUCUCGGGAACAGAGCUUUUGACGCUUUUGACCAGAGAGGGAAACGAGAGUUUGAGAGAUAUGGUGGGAAUGAUAAAAUAGCAAGCAGAACUGAAGACAGCAUGGGUGGGUAUGGACCUCACACCUGGGGAUCAGGUAAAGACAACAGCGACGUGGAGCAGACUGUACCGGUACAAGAGCCUGCGGCAAUGGAUGCGGCCCAGGGUGCCCUGGAAGAGGACUCCCCAGCCAAAGUUCCUGAGUUGGAGGUGGAAGAAGAAACUCAAGUUCAAGAGAUGACCUUAGAUGAGUGGAAAAAUCUUCAAGAACAGACCAGACCAAAGCCUGAGUUUAACAUCCGGAAACCAGAGUCCACUGUUCCUUCCAAAGCAGUGGUGAUUCACAAGUCAAAAUACAGAGAUGAUAUGGUAAAGGAUGACUGUGAGGAGGAUUCCCACGUUUUCCGGAAAGCUGCCAAUGACAUCACAUCCCAGCUGGAGAUUAAUUUUGGUAGCCUCCCUCGUCCUGGGCGUGGAGCCAGAGGUGGCACCCGGGGAGGCCGGGGAAGGAUCAGAAGGGCAGAGAACUAUGGACCCAGAGCAGAGGUGGUGAUACAAGACAUUGCUCCCAACCCAGAUGACCCCGAAGACUUCCCUGCUCUGGCUUGAAAGAGCCCUGUUUCCCCGGCAUCUCGGACAGCACUAGAGGACCUGUGAAGAGACUUUUCUUGCUGUGGGAAGAGUGAGACUCAGAACAAUAGAUGUCGCUUUUCCCAUGUCGUGUGAAUCUGUUACACUUUUUUGGUUUGAGGUGUGUGGGAUAGAGGGGUUUCUCCAGGUGCUCUCGGGAAAGCACUGCUUGCCAGGGGGUUAGUCCAGCACUUUCCCAAGAAGAAGAAUGCUAUUUUUUUACUUAAGGAAUUCCAAGUGAAGUUCAGGAAUAAUGUUUAAAUGUGUACAUAGAGACUCACUGAAUGCUCCACAAAAGCAUGGAAAGAUAAGGUGUAAAAUAUAAUCUAUGGAGGCUUGUUGUGUAGAUAUUGGAAGUAUUAGAGGAAAUACAUAGAACUUGAACUAUUAGUUUAAAACAGUCACAGCCUAGCUUUCAGCGACCAGGAAAUUAAAAUACAAUUGUAUUUACUGUUUACUUGUACAUGUUAGUCUUAUUUUCUCCUGGAAACCAAUAAUCUUAAACAGUUAUUGUGUAGCCACUGAUCACCACUCCAGCAAAGAAUUAGAGAAAGUGUUGAUUUUUAAUGCUGAUUUAAACUACCUCAUGGUUUCUGUGUUAAGUACACACGUGCAUGCACACACACAUGCAGUACAUAUGUGCAUAUUUAGUGUUUGGGUGGUUUUUAUGAUGAGAAGUAUAUGAUUUUUAAAAUGUUAUUUAACCCACCAAAUGAAAAGGGAUCGUGGCAAAAAAACACCACCGUAUCCUUUUCUCCCUCAAAACUAGUGUACAAAGCCCCUCUGUCCUUGUCCUGGGCAAGACUUGCACAUGACUAGGACUCCUGAACACUUGCAUGCAGGUUUUCUCACUUGGUCCCUGCCCCAGUUCUAGAGUUCCUCUUUAUUGCCUUUGGUGAAAGUUUGGGGUUAGGGUCACCUCUGAGGUUUAGUGACUCACACGGAGUUCCAUCCUCAACAGCAGAGAUGAGACCCAGGGCCCAUGUCACCCACAGAGCCCGUGAGGUGCCAAGAGGAGCAGCACCUGGAGGGGCGGGGGUCGGGCGGCUGCAACAGCUGCUGGGAGUGGGGUGACGCUCCCCUGCUUCACUGAGGAACGUGGGUAACGCUUGCCCGUUGUCACACAGUGAGCAUGCUUGUGGGGGCAUUUGAACCUCCCGGGAUCUGUACUUUUCCCCACUCUGCUCCACUGUCUAGGAUGGCUCUCCAUGAAACUCAAGUGCAAAUAAAGGUUGGCUUCCCUCCA